AUGCCUGAGGAAGAGGAAGGCCUGUGGCGUAGGGGUCGCUGGCGGAAGCGUGUGCACUGGGACGAGGUUCGGACGCAGGAUACAGACUCAGCGAGCAGAAAUAACAGGAAGCCCACAGGACAAAUCAAUGACACGAGGAGUCAGCUCAGUUCUUACGACAGCAGAGAAGAGCUGCAGAGACAGAGAGGAGAGAAGGAGAAAACUCCAAGGUUUCCGUUUGUGUUUCAGCUGAACAUCUUGGUGGAUACGGGCAGCAGUAAUUUUGCAGUCGGCGCCGCCUCUCACCCGUUCCUCCACAGAUAUUACCAUCGCUCUCUCUCGUCGUCGUACAGAGAUCUGGGCCACGGCGUGUAUGUGCCAUACACACAGGGCCGCUGGGAGGGCGAGCUGGGCACGGACCUGCUGUCCAUUCCUCACGGGCCCAACGUGUCUCUGAGGGCCAACAUCGCUGCAAUCACCCAGUCUGACCGCUUCUUCAUCAACGGAUCUAACUGGGAGGGCAUCCUCGGGCUGGCCUACGCCGAGAUCGCCAGGCCGGACGAGACUCUGGAGCCGUUCUUCGACUCUCUGUUGAGGCAGACCAGUGUCCCAGACGUCUUCUCCCUGCAGCUCUGCGGCGCGGGCUUCACACAGAACUACAGCGCCGGCAGCUCCACUGUAGGGGGCAGUAUGAUUAUUGGGGGAAUCGAUCCGUCUCUGUGUGUUGGCGAGCUGUGGUACACACCAAUCAGACGGGAGUGGUAUUAUGAGGUCAUCAUCGUGCGCAUCGAGGUCAACGGACAGGAUCUCAACAUGGACUGCAAAGAAUAUAACUAUGAUAAAAGUAUCGUGGACAGCGGCACCACAAACCUGCGUCUCCCUCGUAAAGUGUUCCAGGCGGCUGUGAAGGCCAUUGAAGCGGCUUCAUCGACUGAACAGUUUCCCUCAGGUUUCUGGCUGGGCGAGCAGCUGGUGUGUUGGCAGGCGGGCAGCACACCCUGGCACAUCUUCCCUGUCAUCUCUCUCUACCUGAUGAGUGAAAACACAAACCAGUCUUUCCGCAUCUCCAUCCUGCCACAGCAGUAUCUGAGGCCGGUGGAGGACGUGGCCUCGGCUCAGGAGGACUGUUAUAAAUUCGCUGUGUCUCAGUCCAGUACUGGGACGGUAAUGGGUGCCGUCAUCAUGGAGGGUUUCUAUGUGGUGUUUGACCGAGAGCACAGACGCAUCGGCUUUGCGGUCAGCACGUGUCACGUCCACGAUGAGUUCCGCACCGCUGCAGUGGAGGGGCCGUUCCAUGGCGUGGACCUUGAGGACUGUGGCUACAAUGUCCCUCAGACCGACGAGUCCACAUUGAUGACCAUUGCCUACAUUAUGGCGGGCAUCUGUGCCCUAUUUAUGCUGCCUCUGUGCCUCAUGGUCUGUCAGUGGCGCUUUACGCGCUGCCUUCAUCCGCUGGGCACUGGAGAUUUCUCUGAUGACAUAUCCCUCCUAAAGUGAGCCAUAUCUAAACGCAGAAUGAUUUCAGUGCUUGUAAAACCGGCCAUCCUCAAGGGUCUCAAAGAAGGGGAAUUGAUGAUAUUGAUGAGACUACAGUGAUUAUAACUAUCUAUGUUAUAAUUGUGCAUAUGCACGCGCACACACACACAUGCACAAACACACUCACACACACACUCGCACGCACACACACACACACAC